AGGUUCCUCAGCAGUUGCACGUCUGUUUCCUGUUGUUGUCCAUAGCGACCUUUCCACAUGAAGAAUAUAGUGGAAUAGUACACGAUAAUGCAUUAGUACAAAAAUAAUGCAUGAAGUACAACAAUAAUGCAUUAGUUCUUAUGACACUUUGUUACGAUUCUUUCUCGGACUAUAAAGCUUGUUAAAUGAUGAAAGAAGGUGUCGAAAUGCAGACAGAAAGCGUCGACGGAAAUUAGAUAUUUGGAAAUACAUAAUCCUUUUAAAACUGAGUCGUAUUACAAACAACAACACAGUUGAAAUGUGGCUUUGUAAGAGUGAGGAGCAGGCAUGGUUUUCCCCGAGUUUCGAGCAUAAUUAGAAUAACAAUACAUAUUGUCGGGGGAAAAUAUGGGCAGUGGUGCUUCGGUCGGGAAUAUAGAUCGUGAAAACUGCGAGCAAUUUGGAGACAGAGUCGAAGUGACAAAAAGCCUUCCAGUGGAAAGUUUUGGUGAAGACAAAACGUCCACAAAGGACGGAAGGCUAGAUAAUGUCGUGGAGAAAACCUUUAGCUCUGUCUCAGUUAGCGAAGAGAAAUUUCGUGACCGUGGUACAGCGAAGGUUAGUAAAUCGAGGAAGUCCUUGGGAUCUUUGCUUGGUUUUACAAAAGGAAGAUGGGACGAUGUUGAACGCACGAACAGCGAUCUCUUCGCGUAUUCCGCCGAGGCUGCGGAGAUAAAGAUCGCUCGUUUAACGAAGAAAAACAAUGAUUUACAACAAGAAAAAGAACGGCUCAAAAGGGAACUGGAAAGCUUGCGAAAGAGCAACGCUCGCUGGCAAAAUGAACGUGAAAAGGCAAGAGAGGACGAAGAGCAGGCGAGAGAAAGAGCAAAAGUAUUUGAGGAUGAGCUGGAAAAAGUGAAAAAGCAGUUCAAAUCUUACAGCAGUGACAAGGAAAAGGAGAUCCAUACACUUAUGAGAAGAAUUCAUGAGCUAGAAAAUUCUCUGAGAUCAAGUACAGCAGGAGAGACAAGCAGCUUAUAUCCCUUGCCAGAGAGUUUGAUUGAUUCCUUUGAAAACGAUGCUGAUGUUGAUAAUCUUAGUUUGUUCAAAGCUCCAGGAAGUCUUUUUGACGAAAAAAUACCAGAUUUCAAUACAGUGUUCCCUCUUUUGGCGCAAGUUAUGACAACCUUAAAACCACCCAACAAGAACCAGACAUUCAGAUUCUUCCUGUCCGCAGAUAAACAAGCGAAACGUGAUGCAACCUUUUUUACGAAGGUUAUUUUUCCUCAACUGCAAAAACUUUGUAAAGAAAAUGGGAAAUUUCUCGUUAUGGUGGAAUCCGAUGGGCAUGGUAGAAAGUCAGAGAUGAGAGACAAAGGAUGGCAGUCGUACCUUAUCGCAAAAUGCGACCUAUUCUUCGGGGUGCUUGGAAGUAGUGUCAAUAGAUCCUUACUUGACAAGUGGAGAAGUUUUCACAAUAUUUUCAAUACUCGUCGAAGGCCGAUUUUUUUCUGCUUCAAGGAGGCAAAACACAACGCGUCUGAUGGCACAGAGGUCACCCAUUUUCUUGACAGUAUUGGUGAGAAAUCAAAGGUGUCAUUUUAUACUCAUGCUACAAAUCUGGUUGAGGAAAACAACGAAGUUAUCCAUGAAAUUGUGAAAGAGCAUUUUGGGCUGAGUGCUGAUCAGAACGCAGAAGAGCACUCCAGCAGUGAUAUUUCAGACGAGGAAUUGAUUUCAGAUGGCGAGUCGAGUUUACGACAGUUGGACAUUCUACGAAUGUUUACGAUGUCUACCGAGAGUGAUGUGGGGUUUGAAAGGUAUUUUGAGAAAUUAGACGAAUACGUGAACAGUGUUGGUCAAUGCCCACCGUUGUUGGUCACCGGCGCUUCUGGAUCUGGAAAAACUACACUAUUAGCAAAAUGGAUCACAAGGCAAAUUGCGUCUGGGGAGAAUGUGAUUUUGUAUAAUUUUGUUGCCAGUACAACCAACAAUGUUUUCACGAAUCCAGCGCAUGUUAUGAGGCGAUUCACAUCACAGUUUCUUGGCUUAUUUCCAUGUCUCUGUGCCAUGCUGCAUUGUGAUCCAGUAAAAUGUGAGGAAUAUUUCCUGAAAUUAUUAAAAACAGUUCCUGCCAAAAUCAACACAAACAUUGUUAUCGUCAUCGACUCAGUUGACAAGCUUCAGAAUUUUUCGUCCACGCAUUAUUUAAACUGGCUGAACGAAGUUGAGUUGUUGCCAGCCACUGUGCGCGUGAUACUUUCGGUAACCACUGGCAACGAGCCAUCUCAUUUGAGGUCGUGGAAUCUAGAGAUCUCGCCUUUGACGUUUGAUGAAAGUCGUGAUGUUUUAGUCUCAUGUUGGCGACACUCAGAUAUAACACUCCGUAAUAAUGAGGCAAGUAAGUUAUUGAAGAAUCUCUCACACACUGCAAUCGCAUCGCCGUUAUUCUUAACAAUGCUCUCGCGUGAACUAUCAAGGACAUCCGAUGUUGUCACAGAUAUUCAAGAGUACGCUCUGUUUAAGAAUGUGGUGGAGCUGACUGUCUCGACUUUGAAAUCAUUGCAAGAAAGCAAAGGACCUUUGAUAAAUGAGAUAUUGUCUCUGGUUGCCUGCAGCCGCAGUGGUUUGACCGAAGCAGAAUUGAUGGAGAUUCUUUCGUUGCAAUGGUCUGAAUGGGAACCUCUUUUGAAAUGCCUGGUUUACGAUCGACCAAUACUUUGUGAUGUCAACGACUUUCUUGUUGUUUCUCAUGAGCAGAUAUUAAAAGGAAUCUUCAUUCAUUUAAAUGGUGAAGAAACUAUGCGUCAAUCCAGAGAACGUCUUGUCGAAUUUUACACGGACAAACUAAAAAACGACGGUGUGUCUGCCUCGGUUAUCGACCAACUUCCAUGGCUUCUUGUCCAACGAAACGACAAAGAAUCUUUAGAGAAAUUCAUUUCCCGCAUCGACGUUUUUCUCGUGUUUAUAAAGAGGAGUCUGUUUUCCGACUUGUUGUCAUAUUGGCAGAAUCUCAACUACGAGUGCUCAGCAUUCGCAAAAAUAUACAUGGAUAAAAUACGAAAGCAGGAGGGAGACACGCCGUGUUUGGAAAUCGCACUCCGAUACGAGAUCCUUGGAAGAUUUCUGAAAGGCAUCGGUUUGUUUUCAUUGGCGAUGAAAUGUCUGGAACGCGCCUUGGAAAUGAAGGAAAUGGUUCUGGAAUCCGAUGACCCGUGGGUGGGACAAUCCUUGCAUCAUUUAGCUGAUCUAUAUGUCAUGCUUGGAAACCUGGAAUCUGCUGAGGCAUCGUAUAAACAAACUUUGGAAAUCAAUGAAAACACCUUAGGCAAGGAUCAUCCAUUGAUUGCAAAGGAGCUUGAAUGCUUGGCUCAUGUAAAGAAGAAACAAAAGAAAGAACGAGCUUGUACAGAACUCGAACGCAAAGCAGCCAGGAUACGUCGGAAAGCUUCGGUACCAAAAAUGUCUAUGCUGUCAUUCUCAAACAAUCUGGACUGUAGACUUAUUCAAGUCAAUAAUCUUGGUGCCGGAAGAAAGACCCCGGAGACUGCGACUUCACUUCACAAUGUCGGGGUGUUACUAUCAAUGGAAAAAAGAUACCAAGAUGCUGAAACUUUAUUUAAGAAAUCGCUUGCAAUGCGGGAAUUCCUGUUUGGCGAGAAGGAUCUUGUUUUGACACAGUCUUUGGAUAAGCUCGCAUCUUUGUACUAUGACAAGAAAAUGUAUUUUGAUGCGAUAACUUAUCACAAAAGAUCUCUGGUGAUCAAGCGAGAGAAAUUGGAAGAGGGUGAUCCAAGUUUGAUUUCAACUUUGAAUCAACUGGCAAUCGCGUUUAGAAAAAAUGGCAACUUUGAGGCCAGUGAGUCUACUUAUAGAGAGGUGUUGGUAGAGUUAAAGAGAAAGCACGACGGCAAAGAUCAAGCAAUUGCUACGGCUUUGCAUAACCUUGCUGUUGUUAACUCUGAUCAGAAAAAGUUAUGUGAGGCUCUGCAGCUAUUUGAACAAGCUUUAAAAAUCUACGAGGAUUGUCUGGGAGAGAAUCAUCCAAAAGUGGCAGAUAGCUUGAGAAAUAUUGCAAAGGUUCAUCUUGACAUGGGCAAUUCAGAUGACGCGUCGUCAUAUUUGCUUCGUUCCCAGACGAUCAACCAAAUCGAUACUGACUUGUCGAUGACCACUUCCUCUCUCAACUCCUCAAUGAGUUGGAUAAAUGGGAGCACACUGGAAGUUAUGGAUUGUUAACAACACACAGAAUUACUCACAGUGUGCGAUGGCUGUGAUGGGGGAAUUAAUUCACAGGUGAAACGGAUUUUAACUCCGUAAGGCGAUGGUUUUCAAGUCAAGGACAAGUGAACGCCUGGCAUUUGGUGGACCCGUUUAGAGCAAUUUGGUGAAAUACCAGUGAAAUUGGUACCAAUAUAGACAAAUUUUCCUCCAAGCGCUGUUACUGUACCUUUCCUAUAGACGGAUACCAAAAAGAGAAGAUUAAAUUGAGAAAAACCACUUUGCCAGUUAGGUUAAGAUUUGUACUUCUGGUCUCAAUGAAUCGAAAUAUGAUGGACAAGAGGUGCAUAGCAACACUCUAGUAGAAGUAGGCUCUACUGAAAUAAAAUUUCAGUUUUGUAUAAAUUGAAGGGCAUAUAGUAUGACAUUUUCUUUGACACGACACUCACGUCGAGAUGUUGUAUUUUAUAUUUUUAUAAAAGGGUGUUCGCCCAGCAUGAACCGUAACUUAUUAAAUUAUUGUGAAUAUAGUUUAUUUUAGGAAACGCACUAGAAAUGCCUUCAAAAUGCAGGAUAUAUCAUAUUAGGUAUGCUAUAAGCUUGUGAGUAAUUAUAUAAUAUAUUGUAUAUGAUAUUGAUUGUGAUUAAUUUA